AAGAAGACCAAAAUAAACAGUAGCAGUUGAAAGAAAUGUAGUUGCAACAUGCUGAACAACUUCAAGCAGUGCAUAAGAAGAAUCAGCUCUCCCUCACCCCCCAGUAUGGCCUCUUCAUCAACCCCUAGAUGUAAUUCAAACACCAUGGAGAAUUCCUCUGUUAAAAAACCCAUGAAAGAUGGAACUAAUUGGGAACAUAAUGAAGAUAUACCUCGUAUACCUGGGGAAACUAGAGUCACAGACAAGGAAGUCAUUUAUAUGUGCCCGUUUAAUGGCCCUGUUAAAGGAAGAGUGUACAUAACAAACUACAGACUAUAUUUGAGAAGUAUAGAAUCGGAUCCAGUGGUGGUUUUAGAUGUUCCUUUGGGCGUUAUUUCAAGGAUUGAGAAAAUGGGAGGUGCUUCAAGCAGAGGAGAGAAUUCAUAUGGAUUAGAUAUUACUUGUAAGGAUAUGAGAAAUUUACGCUUUGCAUUGAAACAAGAGGGUCACAGCAGGAGAGAUAUCUUUGAGCUCCUGACCAAAUAUGCUUUCCCACAGUCCCAUAACUUGCCUUUUUUUGCAUUUGUAAACGAAGAGAAGUUUCCUGAAAAUGGUUGGCUAGUUUACAAUCCUAUGGUUGAAUACAGGAGACAAGGCCUGCCUAAUGAACAAUGGAGGAUAACCUUUCUCAAUGAGCAUUAUGCACUGUGUGACACCUAUCCAUCCCUCCUGGUAGUGCCAUAUAAUGCCACAGACGAAGAUCUCAAAAAAGUGUCUGCUUUCAGAUCUCGAGGUAGAAUACCAGUGUUGUCAUGGAUCCAUCCAGAAAACCAGGCUGUCAUUACACGCUCCAGCCAACCACUGGUUGGUAUGAGUGGGAAAAGAAACAAAGAUGACGAACGGUAUCUGGAGGUCAUAAGGGAGACCAAUGGCCAGCUCUCAAAACUGACUAUCUAUGAUGCGAGGCCCAGUGUCAAUGCCGUAGCCAAUAAGGCGACUGGAGGUGGAUAUGAAAGUGAUGAUGCCUAUCCCAAUGCUGAGCUGUUCUUCCUAGAUAUCCAUAAUAUUCACGUGAUGCGGGAAUCUUUGAAAAAGUUGAAGGACAUUGUUUACCCACAAGUGGAAGAAUCUCACUGGCUUUCUAGCCUGGAGUCAACACAUUGGCUUGAACAUAUCAAGCUUGUUUUAACAGGUGCCAUUCAAGUAGCAGACAAAGUAUCCUCCGGAAAGAGCUCCGUCUUAGUCCACUGUAGUGACGGUUGGGACCGCACAGCGCAGCUCACCUCCCUAGCUAUGUUGAUGUUGGACAGUUAUUACCGGACAAUUUUGGGCUUUGAAGUCUUGGUACAGAAGGAAUGGAUAAGCUUCGGACACAAAUUUGCAUCGAGAAUUGGCCAUGGAGACAAAAAUCAUGCGGAUGCCGACCGGUCACCCAUCUUCCUCCAGUUCAUUGACUGUGUGUGGCAGAUGUCCAAACAAUUUCCUACAGCUUUUGAAUUCAAUGAACAAUUUUUGAUUACAAUUCUGGAUCACUUGUAUAGCUGCCGCUUUGGUACUUUCUUGUACAGCUCCGACAGUGUACGGGAAAAAGAGAAAUUGAGCGAGAAAACAUUGUCUCUUUGGUCUUUGAUCAACAGCACAAAAUCGAAAUAUAUCAAUCCUUUUUAUACUAAAGAAUUGAAUCGUGCCCUUUAUCCAGUAGCAAGCAUGCGCCACCUGGAACUUUGGGUUAAUUAUUACAUUCGGUGGAACCCAAGGAUUAGGCAACAACAGCCGAAUCCAGUGGAACAGCGCUACAUGGAACUCCUGGCGUUGCGAGAUGACUAUAUGAAGCGACUAGAAGAGCUGCAAAUAACAAAUAACCCUAAACUUUCCAAUUCUUCCUCCUCCUCCUCUUCCUCGCAAAUGGUGUCACAUUUGCAAACUCACUUUUGAAGGAAGCUAGUUGGAUUUUUUUUUUUUGAAACAUUACAUAACAGGUGGUGCUCAUUCUGAAGUACAUGGACAAGUGGAAAACACGGAUGCCUUAUAUAGAGCUUCGUCCUAAAAUCUUUGUCCGCAUAGGAGAGGAUUUGAACACAAGUGGGCUUUUAAAACGGAUUUAUGUGCCUUUCAGAACCAUUUGCCUGGGAACAUGUUAUUCAGCUAGUGGUUACAAGCAUUUUAAACAUUUUCCCCAUCGUACUAUUAACUAAUGCUUUCAGUCAUAACUGCCAACUUUCAGAGAGUAGUAUGAAUCUGUUUUCAUUUACAGACCUUUCCUUGCUCACACUUAAGUUAUGUAUUUAAGCUCGUUUAUUGAGCAAAGUGCCAUCCAUGCCAGUGAGGACUUUGCUGAAUCAUAUGCAUGCCUUUGGAGAAGAGGGAGAGAGAGAGGUAAAGUUGACAGAAGAGACAUGCCGUUGAGGAGCACAUACUGUGCAAAUUACGAUUUAUAUAGCUUCUUAUUGAUAUAAUAAAAUUAUUGCAUUGGUAGCAAUAAGCUAUCACAACUAAAAGUCUCCAAACUUUUGUGCCUAUUCAAAGCAGCAGCCUUAUUCCCAAAGUAGAUUAAUGUUUGAUUCUUUAGAGGCAAGGGGUGGGGGAGAGAAUGUGUAUGUUUGUGUGUGGGGGGGUCCCCUUCAUGGAUUAAACUCUUAGGAAAUAUAUUAAAACAAUUUACAAAUAGUAUUGCAGAGCUUGGUGAAGUUCAUUUAUUGGAUGGCCCUCCAGAUCUCUGAGCCAGGAUAGCUAGUGGCUGUUUUUGCUGGGUGAUUUGGGAAUUGGCAAUUAAAAAAAACUUUUCUAAGCUCUCGAGCAAUGUAUGCACUGAAGAGAUUUAAAAUUUGCAAAUCAUUUUAUUUGCUAUCUUCAUGUCAGUCUUCUGUUAAAUUUUAUAAUCUGUUCCUUUCAAGAAUCUUUUUUAAAAAUUAACGUAAUGAGCACUUGUAAAGUCAGCACAGAGCUUGUAACUUGAUAUUUUAAUUCAUCUUUUCCUUAAGAGAUAAUUUUUUAAAACUGGUAUUGCGUCAGUUCAGAACAACUUAAAGCAUAGGAUUUGUGAAGGAUGGUUUGUAGCUAACUGACUUAUUUUAAAAAUAUUUCGCUCUUUGGGGGGUGUUAUGUUUACCAGUUGUAAAUUAUUGUAUGUGUAAGUUUUGAUCUACAAAAUGUAAGGCGCAAAGAUAUUAUAGGACAAUGUGUAAAUUAAGUUUAAAUGUAUGAAAUAGUCUUUUUUGUAAAGUGUAAAUAUUUGCAGUUCUAAAAUUUAAAGUCAAAGUCCAUUAAAUACUUUAAAUUUCUUAGUUGUAGAGUACAUUGGAAUAUUUUAGAAAUACUGUAGUAUAUUUUCAUUACAAGGAAAAUGGAGCACAUUAAUACUAAGUAAAUAAUAUACUAAGAAAUUUGCACUCCUUCUUCAGGGAUAAGGCUGAAGUACUAGUAAUAAGUUGAGCUAGCUAAAUGUAUGAUUUAUUUCCACUUGAUAUCUGUUCUUUAAAUUUCACUCUCGAUAUUCUUUUGUCUUCUGUAUCUCAUUGCACAUAUAGAUUGCUUUGUUUCCUGCAAGGGAAGCCAUUCUGAAAAUGAAAUGCAUAAUUUGAAUUACAUGGAAACUCAAAAUUAUCCCAUCAGUCUUUUCUAAAUGGCAAAAUAUAAAGCUCUGCAACUGAAAAGCUAUGCAGAUUCUAAUAUAAAUUGCCUUUUGUGUGCUUUCAGUAUACUGUUAUAAACAUCUCAUUUUUCAUUGCAACCCUAAAAUGUUCUGCUGGUUGUAUAUCUACGAUGAGUGUGUUUUUCAUUGUGUCUGCUAUUAAUGAAUGAAGAGGUCACUAGUUUUUACUAAGUAAUACACUACCUGCUCAACUCUUUUUUUGGGGGGGGGGAGUGGGGAAUACUGUAAAACAAAUUUAAAUACACUUGCCUUCUCAUUAUUUCCAUACCAUUGAUUUAUGUUGUCCCCAGCACUGGUGGCACUCUAUCUUGAUUUGUGGAGAAUAUAAUGUUGUUCUGGAAAGUGUAUCAUGGUGAAAGUUCACUUGAUUCUUUUUUUAAUACCUGCUUAAGUCAUACAAAAUAAACAGCAAACACUUC